AAAAAAUAUCCAUUUUUUACACAUAGUCGUCGUAGAUUGAGACUAUUACAGGGAGUGAGGGAGAGAAUACAGAGUUGAUGCAUCUUCAAUGAGACGGCUAAGACAUAAGAAGAAGAAGAAGAAGAUAAAGGAAGAAUCAUCGGAUCAAUAGCAAAGACAAUAUAUCUAUUUAUAUCAAUGGCGACAGAGACAAAAAGCAAUGUAGUGAAGGUGAAGCCGAGCAAUCAAGAUGGUUCUUCAAAGGGAAAGCUUGAUUAUUCUGCUCUAAACAAGAGGAAGAUCGAGAGCUCUAGCAAGCAGCCUAUUAACUCAAAGCACAAAUCUGUGACUACCGCCACAAAAACUGAGGUAAAAUCAAAAACAAUAUCAGGCUCAUCAAAAACAAUAACCGCAAAGACUACUACCAAAGUGAGGGAGAAGAAAGUGUACACUUUGCCUGGCCAGAAAUACGAUCCCCCUGAAGAGAGGGAACCCCUGAGGAUUUUUUACGAGUCAUUGUCUCAACAGAUCCCAACGAGUGAAAUGGCAGAAUUUUGGAUGAUGGAACAUGGCUUGCUAUCCCCUGAAAGAGCUAAAAAAGCAUAUGAGAAGAAGCAGAGAAAGCACAAGGAACUUCGGACGGGAACUCCGAUUAAAUCUGUAAAACUGCCAAGUAAGCCUGAGAGUUCACAGAAGCAGCAGCAGGCGUCAAAGAAUGGCACCUUAAAAGCUAAAAAAAGAAUCAUUAACGAGAGUGAUGAUGACGACGAAUUCAUUCUAAGUCCCAAGAGAAGGAAAGGUUAAGAAGAAAAGCCCCUCACCGUCUGUAUCAAUGUAAUCCUUGAAAUUGUUGCAUUUAGAUUCCUUUACAUUUAAAUGCAAAAAGGCAAGUGCCCUGAACCAAUCUAACAAUUGAUAGAUCAAGACAUUCUUUAUAUUUUCUAACUUAGGGGAAUAAUGAGCAAAGGCAAAUUAUAGAAUGUACUUCUAUUUGGCUUUUUCCAACUUGAUGAUAUUCCAAAUGUAUUUCCUCUGUGACUUAAACAAUGAAGAGCUGAAAUCGUCUAUUACUCUUAACAAGAUUUUUUAUGGUUUA